AGCAAUAUCGCUUAAACGCUUGACUCGUGAUGACGUACAUGGAUCCCGGCCCUCGGAGGCCGCAAUUACGAUUUAAAGUCUGCACAGUUGGGGAGAUCGUCAUCCACACUUUUUCUCAGACACCACACUAUGGCACCCAUAACCAACGCACGCGUUCUCUUCAAUGAGAUCCCCGCCGAUUAUCCUAUCCCGGGAAAGACGACGGUCUACGAUACUUCGGAGACGAUCGACUUGGAAACUGUGCCGCUCAACGGCGGGAUUCUUGUCAAGACUCUCGUUCUGUCGGCGGAUCCUUACAUGAGGGGGCGUAUGCGGGAUGCAGCGGUCAAAUCUUAUGUCCCUGCCUUUCCUCUCGGCCAACCUCUGACUGGUGGCGGAGUCGGUGUCGUGCUACGCUCUGAAGUCCCCAAGUAUCCGCCCGGCUCGUACAUCCUGGGCUUCUUUGCCCACAAGCAAUACGUCGUCUUCGAAAAUGUGAACGAGCAAAGCCUCUCGCCCGUGACGCUCAUCAAACGGGAUCCAAGAUUGCCUCUCUCGACGUACUUGGGGGCUGCUGGCAUGCCUGCCGAGACCGCCUACUAUGCAUGGAAAGAGUACGCACACGCUAAGAAGGGUGAAACCGUGUUUGUGACCACCGGCGCCGGCCCGGUUGGCUCCAUGGUCAUCCAGAUCGCGAAGCGGGACGGACUCAAGGUCAUCGCCUCUGCCGGCUCGGAGGACAAGGUCGCCUUCAUGAAAUCGAUCGGUGCCGACGUCGCUUUCAACUACAAGACUGCAGAUACCAGACAAAUUUUGGAAAAGGAGGGGCCUAUCGACAUCUUCUGGGACAACGUUGGCGGCGACAUCCUGGAUGCUGCCAUGGAGAACGCCAACUCCUUUGCGAGAAUCAUUGUGCGUCUCGCUUAUCAGGUUCAGCGUUCAUCAUCUAAUGCCAGCCACUUUCCAGGAAUGCGGCCAGAUCUCCGGCACGUCUCUCAGCGGCCGAACGAUUUCAUCUCCGAAUGUCUGACAUUAUUUUUUUUAGGAUACAACGGCAAAUUCGCACCGAUGAGCAACCCUGGCCUGAUCUUCCAGAAGUGUCUUGCAAUCAACGGUUUCCUUGUGAGCAACCUUCGCUCGAAGUGGCAGGCUGCAUUCGAGGAGGAUGUGAUCCCGAAGGUGGCCAGCGGUGAGUACAAAUAUAAGGAAGACGCCUCGGUUGGGUUGGAGAAGGUCGGGGAUGUCAUUCUCAGUGUCCAGAAGGGCACGAACACAGGAAAGGCAAUCAUCAUCGUUGCUGAAGAGUAGACAUGUAGAGAAAAAAGCGUGUAGAUCAAUAUUGAUAUUUGUACAUUUAGUAAUAGGUAACCACGAUUUUGAAAAGUCCGUAUCCCCUCUUACUAUAAGCUCAGUUGGAAGAGCAUCAGACUGAAAAUUCCGGAUGAU